UUUGGCAGCUGCUCAGUUCCAAUUCUACACUGCACCACGUAACAUUCCCGCUAAUACUACAAUAUCCCUCACCGGCAAUUCUGCUAUAGCCCAACCCAACACCCAAAGCGUAGCAUCCGACAGCCUCGUUUUGCGCUGCCAAAAGCCAGAAAUCGCCGAGUCAAGCCACGGUCAAAGCGCCACCUCCCCCACUAAAGACACUGAACCAGGUUGCUGUGAUUGUAAGCACCAGCCGAGCCGAGCCAAGCCAGACCAAGCCAGCUUUUCUGUAUUUUCUUCCCUUUUUCUCUCUCGUAUUCAUUGUUUUCAUCCCAUCACCAGUUUCACCACAUCUCUCCUCUCUUCCAUCCAUCCAUCCCUCCGACAUCACCAAAAUCCUUUGUCGCCCAUCAUGCUCGCCCCGUACAAGGAACGCAUGGCCAUCAAGCAGACGGCCCCCGACACCUACGAGGUCCAAUUCCACGAUGACUGGACCGUCGGCAUGGUCGUCCUCGGCACCGCCCAGGCCGCCCAGCUCUACCACGCCGCCGAAACACACCUCGCCCUCGACCCCAAACUCAAGGCCAUCAACCAGCCCGACAUCCACAGCAUCCACGUCGAAUUCCUCCGCCCCGGCGCCGCCGCCGAAUGCACAAUCAAGGUCCAGACGCUCAAGAUCGGCCCGCUCUCCUCCACGCUGCAGCUACACCUCAUCCAGGACGACAAGCUGCGCGCCCUCGCCAUCGUCACCACCACCAACUUCGACAAGGACGUCGGCCCCUCAGCCUCGGCAGGAUGGAACCUGUGCCCGCCAGCCCAGCCCAAGCCAGACUUCCAAGCCAUGCGCGCCGGCAAAGUCGAUGCCAACGGCUACCUGCCCAUUCUCUCGGACAAUGGCUUUGCGCCACAGCUCGCGACGUACCUGUACACACAUACCAGCGACGUACGCCACCCCAAGAACAUCUACGAGGCGUGGAUGGCCAAGAAGACAGGCGACCAUUUCGACAAUCUGGCCGUGAUGCUGCUGCCGGACUCGGUGCCCGCUAUGCACGACGGCCUGAUGCAGGAGGGCGCGCCGUACGAGCUCGCCAACUUUAUGAAGAAUGCGCGUGCCUCCUACGAGGCCAAUGGAGGCCCCGCGGUCGUCAAGACCACCAUGAAGCAGCUCAUGAAGAUCCGCUACUCGCACUACCACUUGUCCAUGAGCUACAUCUUUAAGAAGAGAUUGCCUGCGCAAGGUCUGGAAUGGGUUUUGGUCCGCUCGCACACAAAGGGCCUCGAUAAGGGCCGGAUGGAGGUCGAUCUGGAGAUGUUUGAUGAGAACAUGGACUUGCUCUGCGUCAACAGGCAAAACAUUAUUGUCAACGAUAUGGCACGCAAGUUUAAGAAGCAAAAGGCGUCGUUGUAGAGCAAAUGACAACUCAAUUGCAUUGUGUAUAAAAAACCAGCCGAAACAACAAGGGUAGAGAUGGAUCCAUAAUACUAAAAACAACUUUCAUAAUGCCAGCGGCUUCUUUUGGUGUCAUGUCAUGAUUGCUUUCUCAGUUCUUGACCACUUCUUCUCCCUGCUUCUUCAUAGCACCCAGCACAAUGUUCUUCAAAUCAGGCCGCGUGUAAUUAGGCCCCUUGGCCACCUUGCCGUCACCCUCACGGUAAAUAGGCUUGCCGUCAGCGCCCAGCUUGGUCAUGUUGCUUCUGUGAAUCUCGGCAAACACAUCCUCAAUCACAUUCUGCAUCCCGUGCUCGAGCAUUGUUCCGCACAAGACAUAGAGCUGGUCGCCCAGGGCAUCUGCAAUCUCCACGACGUCGCCCUUUUCGCACGCGUCCAGGUACUCUUGGUUCUCUUCACGCAUCAGCUCGUGACGCAGACGGGCCUUUUCAAUGCCAAUGUCGGCCGUGGGCUCUUCCUUGAUGCCCAGCUUGAAUGCUGUGUGGAAUUGCUUGACGCAGGAAAUCUGCUUCUGAAUAGAGUCUUCGUUGGCCAUUGUAGUAGAAGUAGUGGUGGUGGUGGCUGUGGCUGUAGAUAAUUGGUGGUGGCUGUCUUGGGAUAAUCUGGGUGUGAACGUGAAAAGUCCUGCAGCUGCUGCAGCCGGUUGUCGGAGAAUUAUCCGAGCAGUUGAUCCACUAUAUGCAGAUACAAGCCGUUGCAUAACGAGAAUAGAUACAAAUAAGAACGCGUAAAUUAGUCGCCUGUGGGCUGCCGCGUCCAAUUACUGAGAAUUCGAAUGCAAGUUGUCACCUCACUAGGCCUUCAACAUUACGCCUUUCACU